AAACCAUGAGAAAUAAGCUCUGUAGUGAAAGGGCGCCUUGCUUGCACGAGUAACUUUGGAUAUAUGAAGUUGAACAACUGCGUGCGCAGAUUGACCGUUGAGUAUGUUAGAUUACGCGUUUAUUUUAUUUGCCACUAUUCCCAUACUGUACCGGGUUCCAAAAGUACAGUACUAUGUCAAAUUUUCCGUUUUCUUCUUAUUGAUCUUUAUUGGGUCAUUUAUUUAUUCUAUCCGAUUGGCUUUCAAAGGCCGAAGAUAUGAAAAUGCUUGGUAAUAACUUUUCGCUCAUAACGUUUCAAGGAUGUUUGUAAAAUAUCUAGCAUUUUCUGGAAGGAUGGUUGGUUUAAAUCCUGUUGUCGAGGACGACCAUCUUCUGUCCGGGGAACCAUGUAUUUACGUCUUGAAUCAUCAAAGUUGCAUAGAUGUCACAGGUGUGGGCGACAUAUGGCCAAAACGCUGCUCGGUAGUUUCCAAAGCUUCACUUAGAUUCAUGGGAUUUUUGGGAAUAGUUAUGUGGCUGAGCAAGACUAUUUCCAUUGAUCGAUCCCAUCAUACUGAUGCUAUUUCUGCCAUGGAGAAAGCUGCCAUAGAAGCCAAACAGGAUAAGGUCUCGGUUUUCAUUUUUCCUGAGGGCACAAGAUCCGAUGCCGGUUAUCUUUUGCCUUUUAAAAAGGGAGCAUUUCACAUGGCCAUCGAGUGUCAAGUAAUACCUGAUAUUACUCACUAAGUUUAAGUUUCCGAUCCAACCUAUUGUUAUUGAACCGUAUGCAAAGUUCCUUGACCACAAAAAGAAACUUUUUAAAAGUGCCACUUACAAAGUGAAGGUCCUACCGAAAAUUGACACUAAGGGGAUGAAUAAAUCACAAGUUGAUCAACUUCUCAAUGAAACUCGUGAAAAAAUGUUUGCUGCAUUUGAAAUGAUGAAAGGAACAAUUUCAAACUGAAUGGAUUUUUUAUACUCAUGUGUCAUAUACUUUUGUUAGUUCAUUAUGAUGAGCAAUAAUUGUUUUUAUCUUCGUACCUAAAUUUACAAAAUCCAACUUCCCAACUGGUAUUCUAUACUAAAUUAGUACCUUCCGUCCGAAAAAAACGUUUUUAAAUGAUUUAUGUACUCCCAAAACCACAAGAAUUAUACUCAAAUAUGAAGUGCUA